UUGCCCUUUGUUACCAUCCUCCCUCCAUCGUGCUGUCAGCCACACUCAACACCUAUACCGCUCCAUGUGCAUUGACGUCUGAUAUCAACAAUGGGUCGAAGGAAGAUUGAAAUCAAGGCUAUCAAGGACGACCGGAACCGCUCUGUCACCUUUCUUAAGCGCAAAGGCGGUCUAUUCAAGAAGGCCCACGAGCUAUCCGUCCUCUGCUCUGUCGAUGUCGCCGUGAUUAUCUUCGGUCACAACAAGAAACUCUAUGAGUUCUCCUCCGGCGAUAUUAACGAGACUAUCGGCCGCUACCAAUACUAUGGAGGCGCGCACGAACACAAAGGUCCUGAAGACUUCAUGGGGAAGAAGGAUAUCGACGACGAGGACGAAGAGGAUGAGCCGAUGGCUUCGCCUCCAAGGGAUUCUCACACUCCGCCAGAGCAUGCCAUGAUGCCUCAUCAUCUCCAAAACCAAGCUGCUUUUCAGCAUAUCAGGCAUCAAACCCCUUCUGAGUCCCCUCCAAUGCCAAAUGGGAUGCCUUACCACCACCGACAUCCAUCUCCACAACCCGGAAGCGUAUCGCGACCAAACUCCCGCUCUCACAUCCGCCGCCCUAGUUCAAAUCUCGCACCGCCCCAACAUCACAUUUCGCAACCGCCCCCACCCCAGAACAACUAUGCUUAUAUGCCCAACCCACCAUUCUACAACCCUCAGACGACGCAAGGAAUGCCGCCCAAACCACCCCAAGGCGCUCCCCAACCUCCGCAAUAUCAAUACACACACCCUCCACCCACCCAUCCCCAAGUGCAGCAGUAUAUGCAGCAAGAGCAGAGGAGGCAGUCUAUGCCGCCUGCUUUCCAGCAACCAGAGCGGCAACAACCGCAAGGACAGACUUCAAUGCCAGUCCCCUCUCCUCCACAGCCCGAGCAAAACAACUUCCAAAGCCCACCUCUACCGCAGCCCAAGCCUCUACCCUCUGCCGCCAAACAUAGUAUCUUUACGCCAAUAGAUGACAGCCGAUCCAUGCUUGCGGCGCAUUGGGGAAGUAGCAACAAUCUCGAGCCACACCGGAUCGAAGCACCUCAAAUGAAGACAGAUGGCGGGGCCCGGGCUCAAUCCAUCGAUGUGGCAUCUAUGACGCGCCCGCAAAUCAAUGGAAACUCCCCACCACAAGCCAUCCCACAGCAGCUCCCAAACCAGCCACAGCGAACUCAGUCCACUUCAUCGGUUCCAACGAUUCCAACGCCAUCAAGGACGAAUAGUAUGCAGACUGACGCAAAAAGACCGCGACUCAAAGUCCAAAUUCCUAGUGAGCACUCAGAUGCAGGAAGCGCCACCGCAAAUUCUUCACCCAAAGAUUCAGGCACCACUGGUGUUACGCCAGCGAGGACAAGCACCGAUGCUUCGCAUAGCUCUGGCGUUCUUCUUCCUCCUCCAUCACCUAGCGCAAAUUCACUGCUCAGUGCUGGCGCCGUUGGCCCACCAAAUCCAUUUGCUCGACCGCCACCACCAGCGAAUAGUGGAUCCUACGGGUCGCGGAGCGAGAUGGAAACACCUCUUUCCGCGCUACCUAGCCGCUUUGUGGAGAAUGGACUUCUACCUUCACCUUCCAGUUUCUAUCCCGAAUGGGGGUUUGGCCGGGAGAACAAUAUGCUCCCCAGCCCUCUCCCCUUCCAGACCCCGAUUGCUCCAAACGGAUCAGGUCCGUUUGAUGACCGUAAGCGGAAGACAUCAGAUGAGGGGUCCGACGGGAGCAGUCAUCAGAAAAGGAUUAAGGCCUGACUAACUUAGCCAUACCACGGUACAUGAUCAAAACAACUAGAAUCUCUCAAACCCCUUGCUAGAUUCAGCGUGGUUAAUAUAGUAAUGGUCGUAUAGUC